AUGCUUCUGUUCAACCUCAUUCUCUCUGCAGCAAUUGCUGCUGCUCUUCCCACCCCCGAGAGCUCGGAAGGCAAUAAAUCUCAACCCUUCUCUCAUGCCCAACCUUGGAAUGCCGGCGCUGUGAAUCAAUUUCCUAUCCAUUCAAGCUGCAAUGCAACCCAGCGUCGCCAGAUCGAGCAGGGUCUCAAUGAGACCAUUACUCUCGCUUCGCAUGCUCAGGAUCAUAUCUUGAGAUGGAAGAAUGAGAGUGAGAUCUACAGGAAGUACUUCGGUGACCGACCAACCAUGGAAGCCCUCGGUGCGUUUGACGUCGUCGUCAACGGGGACAAGAACGACAUUUUGUUUCGAUGUGACAACCCGGAUGGAAAUUGUGCCAAUGAAGGCUGGGCCGGACACUGGCGAGGCGAAAAUGCUACGGGUGAGACAGUCAUCUGUGACCUGAGCUACGAAACUCGUCGUUCUCUCUCCACCAUGUGCGGUCUUGGAUAUACAGUCUCGGAAUCUGAGACCAACACGUUCUGGGCCGCUGAUCUCCUGCACCGCUUGUAUCAUGUUCCUGCAUUUGGACAGAAAUGGAUCGACCAUUUUGCAGACGGAUAUGAAGAGGUUAUCGACCAGGCAAAGACAAAUGCGACGCUGUCAACGCAUGACUCGGAGACCCUUCAGUAUUUUGCACUGGAGGUAUAUGCUUUCGAUAUCGCUGUGCCGGGAACUGGCUGUCCAGGUGUCCAACAUGAGCAUGAUCACGAGGAGUCUCACGCUGAUCAAACCACAUCCGAGGCUGCGACUAGUCAGCCAACUCCGAGUGCAACAAAUACCGAUGCUCCUUCGACAACCCUUGAAGUACCUGCGGUGAGUCGCUCUAUGAGUUGCACUGUUGUGAUUGGAAACUGA